GUAUGUCACUUCCCCACCGUUCACCUUCUCCAGGGAAAUGCACAUUUGAUCGCAAUGCAAAACAAAGAAAGGCAUGUUGAAUAUCGUUAAUUUUGCCUCCGAAAGAGUUGAUCGCUUCCAACGACAGAACGCUGUAAAUUUAUAGCAAACAUCUGUGGUAUUACAUGCAAACAUGGAAGAGGUAGGGAAAGAAGAGGGAGAGCAGAUUUAUGACGAUAUUGAAGACACAGAGGAAGGGAAACCGAACAGAAAUGGAGAAUUCUUAACUUCAAGACGUCGGGCAGCUGCUGAGGAAAGUUCCGCAACGACAGCUAACAUUUCUGCUCCGACUGAAGCUACGGGAGAUAAAAAGAACAUUCUACACAAGCUCAGGAACAAGUUUCGUCCUCGUAAGUCUACCGAGGAUUUCACCAAUAUUGCUGGAUCUCAUGAAACGAGUGAUUCAUGGCCGGUCGCGUAUGCAAGCAUCGACUCGGAAGAUGAGUUACCCACAACUACCAAAAGACCUGCUCUAAAAAACACGCAGAAAACAUUUAGUUUUUCGGGCUUUGCAAAAGGUCGGUUUGCGGGCGCUUCUCAGGCUGAGCGAUCUCGAUCAAAAACAUUUACCUCUGGAAUACAUGGUAAAUUUGAGGAAGAAAAAACAAGAGAGGAUAUGUUUAAUGUACCCAAAGAAGCAGCUGGGGCCAGCUGUGCUGCUUAUUCACGCACAAAAAGCUGCCUAUUUGACGCACACGAAGUUCCUUUUGUGGAUUCUGCACGGAAAAGGGCAUUUUCUUACCACGAAGACGUUCCACCUCCCAUACCUCCUCACUCUCGCAUCAUCAGAAAAGAGCAGUGGCGAGAACGUGCUAAAUCAUUGUCACUGUCGCCUGACGAAACCUCUGUGAGUGACAAGAGUGAACAUGCUAAUACUCAGAAGCAGGCCAACAAGGUGGAUGAGCCUUCUCAUGACAACACCAAAUGCCAAACAGCUACUUCUGGUACUGAAUUGUCACUUACUAGAUCCCUAGAGACACUGUCCCAUUAUAGCUGGUACUGGGGUCCUAUUAACCGAUAUGAGGCCGAGGAUAAGCUCAAGGGCAAACCCGAUGGUUCUUUUCUCGUUCGUGACAGCUGCCAUGAGUUCCACUUGUAUAGUGUAAGCUUCAGGUCCAGAGGAAGGACCUGCCACACCCGGAUCAGGUAUGAGGAUGGACGAUUUGGCUUUUUAACCCCUACUGGUCUAAUGGGAACUAAAACUGUUGUGGGGCUCAUAAAAAGGUCAAUACGAAUCUCCCAAAAAGGAGUUUUAUGUUUUUCUAAUAGUCCAGGUUUCCUGGACACACCUCAUCCUAUCAGAUUCACGACACCAGUGUCGAGGUUUGAAGACCUUCCCUCUCUUCAACAUCUGUGCAGGUUUGUCAUUCGACAAAACUCCCGAUGUGAUAAGCUUCAUGAAUUGCCACUACCACCAAAGCUCAUAGAUUAUUUAGAUGUAGAGAACCACUUCCUGGAAAACAAGUAGAUGAAAAAUGUUUCAAAAAAUUAUUUACACAAAAUGGUUAGCAAUAUUAUAAUUACACUGAGGGACUACAAUUUUAGAAUGAUCAGGCUGGUAAUUUUAUGUUACAAUCAUGUUUUUUUCUCUGAAUUAUAGGACAUGAGGUCCAGUUACUUAUCAGUGAAUUAUCAACUAGUGUACGAUCACUAGCUAGUGUACUUUCAAACCAUGGAAUGGGUUUGAUUUUUUUGUCCAGCAGCCAGUCUCCCACUUUCUUUUGCUCAGAGCCACCCACAUUUCUUCAUGUUGUUGUGAGUUGACUGUAUGCGAAGUGCAUCAAUGGAUACAAAAUAUGAAUUCAACCUAAAGAUGGGGAAAGGGAAAGAAGCAGAUAAAUGUGUCAAAAUACUUUAGGAUAUUAUUUUAUCCCCUUCAUCCCUUUUACCACCUUUAGUUUGAUCUUCACUUGCAGUCAAUUCACAACAACACAGAGAAAUAUGGGCAGGUCAGCAAAAGAAAGUUGUAGUGGUGGCUGUACAAAAAUUCAAAACCCAUCCACAGUUUGUUGAUUUUCGUGGUACAUAACAGAUGCAGGGUGCUACCUUUCAGCAUUGUGACAAAACUGAAUCCACGACUUUCUUUAUUACUUCCAACAUUCAUGUUGCACAGUUUGUUGUAACAACAUCCCCAAAAUCAGGUAUCAGAUGUUUGUUGAGUGACUGAAGCACAAUAAUCGAGAAAGACUACUGGUUGGGAGUAAAUGUUGUGCAAGAAUUUGGCACAUGUAAAAUAUACAAAGGGAUUUGACUUGACAUAAGGGAGUUUAAAAAAACCCUGCAUGAAGAAAGUCACAGAAAGGUUGCUAUCUUUACCUCAUGAAACUUUACUCGUUUACAACCAUUUGCAGCCCUUGUAUUUUUAUUUGCAGAGAGUGAUCACAGCUCUCUUGAAAACUAGUGCAUUUGUAGUUACCAAGGGGGAAGUGUUUUGGUUAUAUUAAUAAGCCAAAUUAUUCUUGCAUUUCGAUUGGUUCUUAUGAUCUGUCGGAUUGUUGCCAUGUUGCCGUGCAUCUGUUUGAUAAUAGAUCACAGAAGACGUCAAAAUAUGGUAAUAACAUCAGUGAAACACUUGGUUACUGCCACUUUUUUUUGUCUUAGGUCCAUUUUGACAUCAUCUGUGAUUUAUUACUGAACAGAUGCACUGCAACAUGGAAUCUAUUUGUUAAUAUACUUUUAUUGUUUAUGAGAAAAUAAAGAUAUUGUGUACGUUGUGUCUUGUCAUACUUCAGACACAUCUACAUUGUACAGAAAGCCCUUAAUUUAAACAUAUUAGGUCGUCUGUUGAAGUCUAGAUACGUGCACACCAAGGACUGAGAUCCAUGGCAGUUUCUGUUAAGUCUUUCCAGAGCUGUUUACUUUUUUUAUGGAAAAGUUAACAGAAAACGCAAUCUUGAUUUAAAGAAUAUCUUUGCUUGUAAGCCUUGUUUAAAAUUAAUUUAUUGUUCGAAGAUCAAAUGUGGGAUGCAUUGUAGUAAAAAAACAAGGUAAUAAAAAGCAAUGUAUUACGGUGAAAAAAAGCCAGACAUUUUGACCUACUUUACAAAUUAGAAUUGGUGCCAGGGCUUGGGCACUCUUCAGCAGCGAUAACAAAUUUUCAGAGUAAGAAGUCUUCAAGAACUGUUGAGCAAAAACCUCAGUGGGAAACCUUAAAAAGGAAGCUAUUUAAGUGUACACAACUGACUUGCAAAUGGCAACUUCUGGUCAUUAAACACUUGUAAUUAUUACACGUGUCCAAUGACAAGAAGUUGUAAUUGAACACCUAAGUGAUUGCAAAAACAGUUGACUCAUUGGCACAACUGUGAAGAAAUUACAAAAAAAAAAAAGAAUGGAGGAGUAAUAGUACAGUUUUGUAGAGAAAUAUUAAAUUAUUAGUAUCUUGCAAUUAAAUUAUAUUGAGAAUGUACAGUUAUGAAGGAUAAUUAACUGAUAUUUAAUAUAUUGGUACAAUAUACAGCAGCUUAGUUUGUUACAUAUCUUUGUGCAACUGUAACAUUGACGAGUACCAUUUAGAAUAUUUGUGAUAUUAUAAUAUCUUUGUACAUAGAUAACUGACAAGAUUGUAAAAUGCUUAUUAAAUUAUAAUUGGUAGAUUACUAUAAUAGUUACAAAUAAAUUUAUCACACUUGCAGAACAUCCACAACAUGUUUAUUGGAUAUUAAAGAGUCAAAAUCUUU